AUGGAGCAACGUUACCGUGCUGCUAUGGUGCUGGGCGGGGUGGGGGACGCGAUUGGGUUCCGCAACGGCAAGUGGGAGUUCCUCAAGGACGGCCCCCGCAUCCACGCGCAGCUGGGCGAGCUGGGCGGCAUCUCUGCCCUCACAGUGAACCGAAGAGACUGGCGCGUGAGCGACGACACCGUGAUGCACAUCGCCACCGCCGAAGCCCUGGUUGACGAUUGGGAAAGCAUGAAGGAUUUGGAAGACAAGCUGGCGCGCAAGUACGUGGCCUGCGGCAAAGACAUGGAAGGACGAGCGGCGGGAGAGAAGACGAUGGAGACGCUGAUGAUGAUGGAGGGCAUCAUCCCGUUCGAGGGCACCCGCAUCACACCCGUCCCCUGGAACCAGAUUCCCUACGACCCCAAGGGCGGCGGCUGCGGCGGAGCGAUGCGAGCCAUGUGCAUCGGGCUGCGAUUUCCGGGCGAGGCCAACCGCGACCGGCUCGUCGAGCUCUCCAUCGAGAGCGGCCGCAUGACCCACAACCACCCCGUUGGCUUCCUCGGCGCGUUCGCGUCUGCGCUGUUCACGGCGUUUGCUGUCGAGGGCCUGCCGCUGCCGAAGUGGGGCCACGGGCUGCUCGAGCACUUGCCCAAGGCAAAGGAGUACCUUCAGGGCGUGGGCCGCGACGUUGAGCACUACGCCGAGGGCAUCGAUUACUUCGAGAAGGCCUGGAUGAAGUACAUGGAGGAGCGCGGUCUAUUUCAUAGCGACGUGCCAGCGUUUCCGGCGAGGUGGGGCGUGGUGGAGCGCGACGCCUUCUACAAGAAGCUCUCGUUCGACGGCUGGGGCGGCUCUUCAGGUUCGUCGUGGAAUGAACUUCUGUUGAAGGCGGCCCUGCAUGCUGGAGACUCUGACAGCACCGGCAGCAUUGCGGCCUCUCUGUGGGGCGCGAUUCACGGAAUGCGCGGCGUACCGGAGAACCACUACCGCAACCUCGAGUACCGCGACCGCCUCGAGAACCUCGCCGAGCUGCUCUACCUCUUCGGCGGCGCGGCCCAGUGGGCCUGCGGGACGUGCACCUUCCUCAACGCCCGGCACAACGCCACCUGCGACAUGUGCUCCGCCUCCCGCGGCUGA